UUUUAUUAUUCCAGAUGAAUACCAAUUUAUGCUAGCUCUUGGCCACCAUUAAUAAACUAUGUAUUCCUCAUUUGUCUCCUCUUUGCCAAGAUAAAAGCAUCAUUAAAUCUCAUCCUUUUUCUUUCCUUUCAAGGUCAUGGAAAAUGGAAGAUUUGCAAAAUACAAGUAUUUUACCCAUGUCAUGAUCAAUAAAACAGAUAUGUUCAUGAUAACAAGACGUGGUGUGUUGUUUGUAACAAAAGGAACAUUUGGGCAGCUGACAUGUGAAUGGCAGUAUACUUUUGAUGAAUUUACCAAAGAGCCAUUUAUUGUCCAUGGAAGAAGAUUGCGCAUUGAAGCAAAGGAACGGGUGAAAUCUGUAUUCCAUGCCAAAGAAUUUGGAAAAAUAAUUAACUUCAAGACUCCAGAGGAUGCUAGGUGGAUCCUUACAAAGCUGGAAGAAGCAAGGGAACCAUCUCCUAGCCAAUGAAGAGGGAACACUGCCUGGAGGCACAGCAAUCCAAUACUACAGUUCCCAUACUGUACCUUCUAACCCCUGUGGAAAAUAGGAGUCAUUUCAGGGAGCAUAUGCUUUUAGAUGCUUAAAAAAACAAAAUCAAUCAAUUGGGCAAACAGUUGUGUGAUUAAACUACUAGAAGGUCCAUUCAGUUUCCUAAUCUGGAUCAUGCAUCUGAUAUGAUUCUUAAUAUUUUAUAAAAAGAAGUGUUUACUCCAGGAUAUUCUCAGUAAUGGUAGAAAGCUUGCUCACAGUGUCCCUGUCAAACAAAGUAUAGUUUCUCAGUUAACAUUGUAAACUUCUCUCAUGUUUACUUUGUCUCCCUGUGUAGUGGAAAAUGAUCAGAUUAAGCACUGCCUCAGUAGUGACACAGAAAACUUUGGUAAUUUCUUCAGAAUCAUGAAGUUCUUUUUAAAAAAAAAAAAAAAAAAAAAAAAAAAUUCGUAUUUUCCUUAUUUUUCAAAAAAAAUGAUUUGGAUUAUACUAAAAUGCAUAGUAUAACUGAAAAACAAUCUUUUUUGAGAUUGGACAUAAUACCCCUUGGAUCACAGACUUAAAGGCUUUAAAAACUGAGUAUGAUACCCAAAAAGGUAAAGUCCCUCCAGGUCUUUAUUUAGUUCCUUGGAAAUACUUCCUCAGGGAAACUCCAUGGAUUAACCCGGUUUGUGUUGUUAACAGACAGUUGUUUUCAAAGUAAAAAAUUAAAGCCUUAAUAAUGCUUACCUUUGUUUACUGGUAACAGGAAUUUAAAAAUACAAAAAAAAGAAAAACUUUCUAAUAUCUUAGCUGUAAUGAACUGUGUUCGAGAAUAAAGAGUUCACCUCAUGAGUUAAAGUGCAAACCCUAAGACCUAACCAGUAAUCUAUCCUAUUGCUUUGGAUUAAGAAUUUGAGGUUUGCCUACUCUGUAGUUAUUCAGGUGAUAAACACUUAAAAAUACAGGCUCAUCACUUCAUCACUACAAAAAUUCUGAACUCCAUCAUAGUAAAAAAAAAAAAAAAAAGUUACAGGUUUUCCCCCUUUGGUUUUUUUUCCAACAUCUUUGCUCUUUACUAUUAAUGGACUAUUUAAAGUGAAACAGAAUGUCUUAAUCGGUUAUUGAAUAACACACAGUGUUCAAUCUAUAUUGUGAUGUUACCAACUUGUUAUAAACUUGUGAUGAAAUCUAAGAGUUCGUUUGGUCACUGGGUGUUUAAUCUGCAGGGUUGUUAAGCCUCCUGCUUUGCUGUAAAAGCUAGAAUGAACAGCAUGUCAGACUGUAACUGCAGUUGUUGCUGCUACUGUUACCAUCUGAUUUCAGAGAACACAUUGAUUGUUUUUGGUGGCACCCCAAAUGCUUUCUUUGCUAAAUGUAACUUGAAUGAAAAGAUGACACAUCACAAAUUUUUGUAGUUGUGCAUCCCCAAGAUGACCUUCUUCAAGGUAAGGUACAAGCUUUCUCUUGCUGAGCGCCUCCAAGUUUGCAAAUUAAACCUGUGAAGAGAA